UUUACCGCAACUGGGCGAGGCCACAACCGACUUCAAACAAGAUGCUUAUAAAACAACGCAUUUUAAGGUAUAUUUUCGCUUAUAUCUGUCGUAUUCAUAUACUUAAAGCUUUCCUAUAGUUGCAUGAAUAGUCUACAUGUUUUAAUACGAGUAUUUGAGAGAAAAGUUUGUGAUAUUAAGGCUUGAAAUUUGGCGAUGAAAUAUAUUUGAAAUGCAUAUGGUUUCUGAAACACGUGGCGCAAGCCAAGGUAUAUAAGCUUGGUAAAUGUUUUUUUUUAAUGUUUCUUCCUUGUUAUUGCUAUAUAUAUUAUACAUGAAAUAAAACAAAGCUCGUUAUGAAUAAAAGUGUAUUUUUACUUUAAUAGUCUUCCACUGCAGGGGUUGAGGUUUUGUAUAUGUACAAACAAACCUUAUAAACCAAUCCAGGGUGCAUUUCAUUACUAACAAAGUUGCUAUUCGUAUUGGAAGAGUAUAGUACACCAAGUUUGAUUUGCUAUUUGUACUGCAGUCGGAAUAUUUAAGAUUAACAGACCCCAAACUCUUCCUAAUGUAUGAGUCCAGUCGUGAUCCCCCCGGACAAUCCCUGGGAAUUUUGAAAAAAUAAGUUGUCAAAUUUCUACCCAAACAGGCAGAAACCACCGUCACAUGCUGUGCUAUAGGGUUACUCCUAGCCUACGGUGUAGACCCCAGCAGAAACACGUUUCGUGAGGGAUCUACGAAUAAACGAAGAAAAGCUUGCCCGGCUACGUCAUAUCCGUUUUACGUUUUGGGUAAAUUAACUUCAAUUUAUUCAAAUUUCUGAAGCGUGCGUGAAUGUAAAUUUUCAUUUGGCGCUUAUUAAAGGCAUUAAAAUGUUCCAUGGCGGGCUUUGUCCAAUACAAAUGUGUUCUUUGCUUCAAAGUUUCGUCGAAUAAAAUUCUUGGACAGCAAGGACACUGUACGUAAGGAGUUAGGCGACCUUUCCUUCUCCAUUUCACCUACAAAUAGCAUUUGUAAAGCAUGCCUGGCCGCCUGGCGUUGGUAAACAAACGGUGAAACGGAGAAGCUUCAAAGAACGGUUUAAUAUGUGAGCUAGAGCCUAGACAAUACGAUAACCAACGUGCCCGAAACAGCAUUAAACGCUAUUGAUAAAUGUCGUGAACCAACUAGGAUUCGAGCUGACUUGCGAUAAAGCUUUUAUGCCGGCUACAUUUAAUAGUGUGAAAUCGACUUUGUCUUCGACUUCGGAAAUUAGAUAUCUUGACGAGUUUUAAGCCUUCAAGCCUAACAGUUUGUACGAAUGACAAGAACUUUUUAGUCCGUUCGAACAUGUGUUUAAUGGUUGGGUAUAUAUAUAUAGUCAGGGUAUAUUUUAUUGCACAAAGCCCGCCAUGGAACAUUUUAAUAAGCGCCAAAUGAAAAUUUACAUUCACGCACGCUUCAGAGAUUUGAAUAAAUUGAAGUUAAUUUACCCAAAACGCAAAACGGAUAUGACGUAGGCCGGGCAAGCUUUUCUUGGUUUAUUCGUAGACCCCUCACGAAACGUGUUUCUGCUGGGGUCUACACCGUAGGCUAGGUUACUCCUGGUUCUGGAAUUUUGACUAAAAUUAAAUUGAACAAAUAUUUCAAGAUUAAGAAGAAUGAAUUGAUAUUUGUGAUUCAGAAGAAUUUUUAGACUAUUGAAAAGACAUAAAAUAGAAAUCUUCUGAAGUGCCAGAAUGUACACAUAUUUUUAGGGACAACUGCUGAGCACGUUUUUGUCAAAUGCCCACAACAGGCUGUCAAAUUCCAGCCUAUAGGGAGGUAAUAUUAAGUCUAGUGCCUGGGGUGCUGAUUGUGGUUAGAUUUGACUUAUAUAUAACCCUAGCCAAUAUAUGUCUAAUAAUUAUUUGAGAGUUGAAAGUCGUGAAAAAAUUAAUAUUUUAAGAAAAAUUUCUAAGUCAAACAGAAAACCAACAGCUAAAACUUAACUCCCGACCUCGUUUUGCUUCACACGGACGCGAUGCCUGUGUCAAAUAUGCUAGCAGCAAACUCGCUAAAAGCUGUUGCAAGUAACUAUUUUUAUUACUAAUUUACAAAAUGUAAGAAUCUGGUUCCAUACUCCAGUACAAAUAGCCACUUCCUUUGUAUGUAAAGCCAAUGUUAAAGGCAUGAUGCGCAAAUUCUGAUUGUAUCUGUGUGUUUUUCACUACUGCCUAGUCCUCCAAGUCCCUCAUCAGUUUUCAAGUAGCUAAAGCAAACAUAUACUUUCCAUUUUAGAAAUCUGUGUAUGAAAUAGACCUAUAUGAUAAGUUCAAAUGGUAACACAAGAACCAGUUGGUUGCCUCAAUGAUGGCAAAAGAGCGCUCUCCCUGUCACCAAAACCAACAGCUUUAUUGAUUGAAUAAAGAAUAAUUGACCUAUAUAUUCAGGUAUGUUUCAUGUUAACCUUCAAACUUCAUUGAAUUGAUUGCAAUGUUGGGCAUUUUUUUGGUGAUUGAUUGCAUGUUAUUUAUUCAACCAAUUUGGUGUUGAAUAUAGUAACUGACUGGAAUGUUGCUGAUUUUUGGCUCAUAGGAAUUAUGUACAAACUGGAAUAUGUUCAAGACUUAAUUUCAAGUAUUUAUCUUAAAUUAAAGUUGUUUCUUUGUUAUAGGCAGACACAAGGGAUUAUCAUGAAGUGUAUCGAAGUAGAGAACUCUGA